GAAUAUAGUACUUGCGGUCUAUUUGUGAACUAACACGGUUGCCAUACGAACGUGCUGCAAAGUUGUUUUUCGAGGCAAGAUGACGUCCCACACAAAGCUCUCAACAGGGAUAUACCCUCAUCACGUGGUUAUCGAAGAAGAACGAGGGGAGAAAAUUGAGUGUUGGGGGUACAGAAAGAGUAACAUUCGCACUGUUGCAGUAUACGGUGCGGGCAUCCUGACCUGCGGUGUACUAUUCCUGAUCAUAUUUUAUUGGAAACCCGACUGGGGACUGCGUCUUACCCAUGCCAAAUGUCCAAAUGAACACGCCGACAGCCUGAUAGUGAAGGAUAUCUAUGCAAGGGACCAUAAAUGUAAAAUCAUUAGAGAACGUGUCAUCGGAGACUCGGACAUCAGCGAUGGGCCGACUCUCUCACUGCCAUUGAUCAACACAGUAACACAGCGAGAGACGAAACUAGACAAGGGGCACAUGAGAUACUUCAAAUUUCAGAAAGCGGUUUAUAUUUGGGAUUCAGAUGGACAGCUUUACUUUAAGCUCAGAGGCCUUGCACACAACGUCCCCUGUUCAGAUUUCUAUGAUAUCUACAGCAAAGGACUCGACGAAGAAACAACUCAAGAAAGACAGCAGCUUUAUGGUCUCAAUGAGAUACAGGUACGCGUCCGGCCAAUCCUGGUACUUCUUUUACAAGAGGUGAUGAACCCUUUUUACAUCUUUCAACUCUUCGUCGUCAUCUUCUGGUUUUGUAUCAACUACAUCUACUACACGCUUUGUAUCGUGGUGAUGUCAGCUGUUUCUAUCUCCGUCUCACUCUAUACAACGAGAACGGAAAGCACUCGACUUCGGACGAUGGCAGAGGUUCAUGAAACGGUGGAAGUUUUACGCAGAAACGGAGAUCGUGAAACAGUGCCUAACUCGGAGCUUGUACCUGGUGACGUCAUCAUCAUCCCGACCAAUGGCUGUAGUCUAACCUGUGACGCAGUACUUCUCUCGGGCAACUGCAUCGUCAAUGAAAGUAUGCUCACAGGAGAGAGCGUACCCGUGACAAAGACGCCCCUACCUAAUCCCCAGGGUGUUAAAAUGAUAUAUUCCAUGGACACACAUAAAAGACACACUCUCUUCUGCGGCACGAGAGUGAUCCAGGUGCGAACUCAUGGGGAUGAGGUUGUGAAAUGCGUUGUUACUCAAACAGGUUUUUCAACUGCCAAGGGACAACUGGUUAAGUCUAUUCUCUACCCGAAGCCUACCGAGAUCAAACUAUACAGGGAUGCACUACUCUUCGUUGGAAUACUCACAAUAAUAGCUAUCAUCGGGUUUAUCUACACGGCGGUCAUAAUGACGCUUCAGGGGGCAAGUGCCUCCAAAACGAUUAUCCACGCUAUCGACAUACUGUCGAUCGCCGUGCCCCCAGCACUCCCCGCUGUCUUAACCAUCGGUAUGGUGUUCGCCCAAUUUCGGCUAAAAAAAGAAGGCAUCUACUGCAUCAGCCCUCAGCGAAUCAACUUAUGUGGGACUGUAGAUGUUGUUUGCUUCGACAAGACGGGAACACUUACUGAAGAUGGGCUUGAUCUUUUAGGAGUGCAAGCUGCUUCAAAAGGAAGCUUCAGCCCGAUGGUAGCCGAUGCCAAGUCGCUCUUCUCCGAGCCCGUCUCCGUUGCUAUGGCAACCUGUCACGAGCUAAUGGAGGUGGAUGGAGAAAUAACGGGGGAUCCCCUUGAUAUCAAAAUGUUUGACGCGACAAGUUGGACCCUGGAUCUCGGUGAGAAGGCGAGUAGCCGGCUACCAGGUGCGAUGGCGAUUGCGAAGACCGGUUCAUCGGACCACAUCGGAGCAAAGGGCACUCUUGAUGAAAAACAGGAGUUAACCGAAAUUGCGACGUUAAAGAUAUUUCCUUUCGCGUCGGCUCUUCAGACCAUGUGUGUCAUUGCCAUGGAUACAGUGACCCGGAAGACAUAUGCCCUUGCGAAGGGGUCACCAGAAAAGAUUUCCAAGCUCUCACAAAAAGACACAGUGCCACUCGACUUCCAAGACGUUUUAGAUGGAUUCACAAAACAGGGCUUGAGGUUAAUUGCAUUGGCAUGGAAACCCAUCGAUAUCAACCCAGACGAUCCCAAUGAACUUUCAAGGAUCCAAAGAGAUAUAGUGGAGUGCGAUCUGGAAUUCGCUGGUCUCCUGAUAAUGCAAAACAAACUGAAACCUGCUACGACUCCCGCCAUUACUGAACUCAAUGAAGCCAAUAUUAGAACCAUCAUGGUGACAGGAGACAACAUCUUCACAGCGAUCAACGUGGGGCGGGAAUGCGGCAUGGUUCGACCAGGGGCAACCAUCAUGCGCGUCGAAGCCGGGCCUCCCCACGACCACUUAAAGGCCAAACUCGUCAUUACACCUCUGGUCGAUGACGUGCAGAGAGACGUCGAUAAUAAUUGCGAUACAAAUGGGACGAUGAAAGAAGAUAAAGUGCUCAUUUCCCAGCAGGGAGAAGAGAGCCCAUUGAUAGCCUGUGACGGUACAACCUUCGGCAUCAUUCGAGAUCAUUACCCCCAAAUAAUGCCAAAGAUCGCAGCGCAGGGUGUAAUAUUCGCCAGGAUGUCCCCUGACCAAAAGUCACAGCUGGUCGAAACGCUCCAGUCACUGGGUCUAUCUGUUGGCAUGUGUGGAGAUGGUGCAAAUGAUUGCGGUGCUCUCACAAGCCAUGUCGGCAUAGCUCUCUCAGAAGCCGAGGCAUCCGUAGCGGCUCCGUUCACAUCUAAGACGGCAACAAUCAGCUGUAUCCCGACAGUCAUAAAGGAGGGUCGUUGUGCCAUGGUGACGUCAUUUGGUCUGUUUAAGUUCAUGGCUCUGUAUAGUCUCAUCAUGUUCACCUCUGUAACAGUACUCACUUCGGUUCAAUACUACAUUGGCGAUAUGCAGUUCUUCAUUAUUGACAUCGUGCUCUGCACUUCAUUCGUACUAGCAGUUGGUUACAACAAGGCCUAUCAUCAGAUAUCAACCAAACGCCCCAUUACCAAGCUGGUCACCCCUCCUAUCGUGUUCUCCCUCAUUGCACACGUAGUGAUCCUAAUCGGGUUCCAAGUCCUAGUGUUGGUCCUGGUCCUCAAUCAACCAUGGUAUGAGCCCUCGGAGCUAGACGGCGCACACAGGAACGUAGUGUCGUACGAAAACAUGGCAGUUUGGCUACUUGCAAAUUUUCAGUACCUUACCCUAGCUUUCGUUAACACGCCGGGGCCUCCGUACAGCAACCGAUUUUACAAAAACAUUCCUCUUUUGAUCGUCUUCAUAGUCGAUUUUCUCAUCUGCCUCGGCUUUCUUUUCUAUCCACCUGCCAGAAUCAUCAAAGCAUUUAAGUUGAAGCAUAUCCCAUCCUACACUUUCAAGGCGCUCAUCCUUUUUCUCGCAGCAGUGCAUUUCAUCAUUGCGUUAUCUGUCGAGUAUGUUCUGGCGCCCUCUAAGCGAUUGAUGAACCUCAUUACGUGUCGGUGUUUUCGCAAGAAAAAGGCGCCGAAAUACCACGGAGUCGAACUAACUGUGCUUAAGAAACCGCUCAUGGACAUCCUUUCCGAGUCGGAAACCAUCUCGUGUGAAUGAAUCCGUGGAUGAUGAGCCGAGCAUGAGCACCAGAACGAUGUCAGACACAACAUUAACAAUGGCAGUGGAUGAAACUUGUGCUGGUGAAAUGAUUACGUAGUUAAAGGCGCGUUUACACAUGAGGUGGUCAACCGAUACGGUCAAAUAAAACUAGAGGCAUACAUGUACAUCACCAAAUCCAUCAGACCAAAAAGCUAUUCACACACUAGUAUAUCUCAUACCUCAAUCCAGGACAUAGAAACUCCUUCUUCCCCAGAAAUGUGAAGACAUUGAACAUCCUCCCAGUCAAUGUCGUGACAGCCUCAUCUGUUGAAGCCUUUUGUCACCACUUGAGGAGAGGCUACAGUAGCAAGAUCCAAUGUUGUUUUUUACUCGUACCUCGUUGAUUAUUGGCACAUGCACCCUAUCUUUAUGACACACACUCCACCAAAGAACUGCAAGAAUCUUCAAGAUUGAAGGAAGCGGACUGCUCCAAAGAAAAAAAAUUAUGGACUUGCAGUAAUUGUUUGAGCGGAUUUAUAUAAGAGGUUCACGAAAAGAUUACUCUCGAUGUUAAUGAUAUGAAUGUGUAUGUUGUGUAACUGUUGUAGCAAUGUAGCUGACGAAAGCCAGAGCCUGCUUUAAUUUACAUGAUUACUUUUGAUAAAAGCAACAAAGAAUUUAUUAAAGGUAAAAUAAAGAUGGAAUGCAUUUUAUCCAUUUUGAUAGCUUACCACGUAUUCUGACAAUGUGGGAAAACAGAAUGUACAUAUUGAAAUAUAAAAAUCUAUAACAGUAUUUUUGUGAAUAUAUUUUUUAUCGACAUUUUCCUUGUACUGCGAAAAUGAUAGUGCGUUUUUGUAAAUGUAUAAUCAACAAUAAGAAAAUUCCGUUCGUGUAUGAUUCGAACCCUGUAACUUGUGUUUCAAAGACAAAGUCACUGGACUUAACCACUCGAUCCUGACUCCUCACCAAAAUGUUUUCGGAGGUUGGUACAAAUGCAGUGUACUCACAGAAGAGUUGCAUAGCACACGCAUAUAAUUGACAGUGUAAACCAAAUGGUGUAAACACUCCGUAGCGAAACAUAUGCGACAUUCCAAGUUAGAAAGGAAUAUAGCCUACACAUUUGUGAUUUUACAAGAGUGAUACAAGAAUGAUGGAAUAUAAAUCCUUUGUUGGCAAUGCUGUUAGUUGUCAAGUUAACAAGAUUACCAAGACUCUAAAAAAAAUAAACCAAAGUCUAUUCCAAUAGCCCUGUGCAUCAUCUGUUUAUACAGUGUAUAUGCGAACAUUGCAAUGACGUAAUACGUUUUCGGGACAUGAUAUCUAAGGCAGUGCUAUGGGGUUUUGAAAUUGCGUGAAAAUGAUUUCUUGAAAGUCUUCGUGAUCGUAUUUUGUUUCUUCCGGACGUAUACACUGUAAUAUAAGUCUAGAUAUUUGUAGGAGAGUAGCUUGUAUACAAUUCAUGUUUAUGUAUACUUAUAUAAUCUUUGAUCUUAUUUGUUGGAUAAUCAAGUACCAAUAUUGUUCAAUUUAAGAAAUAAAUACAUACAAAGAGUUAUUAUUAA